AUGAAGCUCGUUCUGCAACCCGCACUUCCUCAAGAUCUCGAACAAGCAAAAUCAAUCUAUGGCACCGACAGAGGCGAUCUGGUAGCGCCAGCACACUUAGCCUUCUGGCAUGUCGACAACAACGAAGAUGCGAAGAAGAGAGCCGAGUGGUCCCUUCAACAACAGAAGGACCAACUGGAGAACGACCCGUUCGUGCGCUUUGUCAAGGUCGUGGACGAAGAGAGAGACAACGAAAUCAUCGCCAUGGGCAGAUGGCAUGACUUUCCCAAUGGUAACGAGCAAGUUGGCGACUUAGAGUAUUCGGGCUCGAAGAGUCGAGACGAUCCAACGGCGUGGCCUGAUGGUUUUCCGAAGGAAGCAUAUUUGAAGUUUUACGAUGAGUGUUUGGCUGCGCGGAAGGAGUGGCAGGGCAAUGUGCACUGUUGGAUCUUGUUCAGCAUCGUCACUCGAGAACCACUUCGCAAGCACGGCGCUGGCUCGAUGAUCGUCAAAUGGGGCGUUGAGCAAGCACACACAGCUGGCGCGGUGGCCUUUCUAGAGGCUUUCCCCGAAGCGAAGAGCCUCUACGAGAAACAUGGAUUCAAGGAAGUUGGAAGACAAUCCUUUGACCUUGGCGCUGGAGCGACCGUGGAGGUGAGCCGGAUGCGAGCUGAUCCCUAA